CUUAGGCGAAGAUGCGGCGAAAGUGCCGGAACGAGUCAGGGAACCUCGGAACGAUCCCAAUCUCUUGGAAAGCCACGCGGCCAGGACGAUCGGCCGUUCAACCAGAGCGGCGAGGUCCCCGCGACGGCCAUUUUGUCGAGUGACGCAUCUCGUUGGCCGGGCAUCGGCGUAUCGACGGCCAUAUCGUGCGCACCGGUGGAGGGAAUCCGUUCUCGGGGAGGUCCGACCAUCAGCGGGGACGGCGCCUGGCGCCGGGUGGGCCACGGACGCAGCCAGACAAUCGGCGCGGUUCUCGAUUCCGCGCAAAAGGACGUCGGAAUCCGCUUCGCGGUGCUCCACGGCGCAGGCCAAAGCGCGGGCCGAGGAAGCUCGCCUCCGCUCGCCGCUCCGCGACACGCCGGGGCAAUGCACCAUGGGAAGUGUCCGCGGCACGCGCAUGCGCCGUUCAGUUUACAGUUGGAGCUUGGAAGAAAAUGGCGUCAGCUAAGUUUUUGGAGGAAGCUCUGAGCACGGACGUCGACGAGUCCGCGGUGAGCGCGAUUGUGGGUUCGCUGGAGACGCAGCUGGUGACGUCAACGCCACCGGGCGCGGUCCACCAAGGCAGCGUACUGCCGGCAGGGCCGGCUCACCACCAGAAUCACCAGGUCAACAGCGCCGCGAUCAGCAACGGGGGCACCAUCGCCGUCGCCGUCGGCGCGGCUCAGCCGACGCAGAAGCAUGGGGUGGCCAACGGCCACCAGCCUUCCGCCCUUGGUAGCCCCGUGACCCACCACCAGGAACAGCCCAAGCCCGCAGCCCCCGCCUCCGCAGCCGCAACCGCCCCCUCGAGUGCGCCCCCGGCUCAGCCGGCCCAGCCCGCGCAACCAGCGCAGCCCGCGCAGCAGGCCCAACAGGCCCAACAAGUUCAGCAAUCGCAGCAGCAGCACCAUCACCAACCUGGACAAACCAGGACCUUCCAGAUUGCUACGAAUCAAGUUCCAGCCAGUCCUGUACCGACGUUGGCCAAAUCGCACGAGCCAGUCAAAAUAAUAUAUCCAACGGCAGGCCAAGUUAUCGCGACGACUGGAGUAGUCAAUGCCAAUAAUAAACUCACUUUCCCAGCACAAGCUGUUGGUCAGCUAGCUAAUGGUACCCUAGGCGUCGCAGUUUGUACAGCUCCUACUGUUCUGCAGACCGUGGCGAAUGUUGCCCCAAAUGUUGCAUCUGUGGCACAGACAGUGGGACAGACGGUGAGCAACGCAGGAAAACAGACCGGAGCUGCUCUGGUUAUUAAAACCAGUGCUGCUCCUGGGGGAAUGGUCUCCGUACCCAUGUCCGUUCCGGUCUCGGUGACCGCCAAUGUGGCCAGUGUGGCGCAGCAGAAACCUGGAGUCGCGUCUACCAUCGUGCCCAGCAAUGUACAGAUUCUUAACGUUAAUACUAUGAGACCGGGUACUCCGGUUUCUGGACAGCAGGCCGGGAAACAAGUUGCAUCCAGGGUUGUCAUUCAUGGUCAACAUAUGGUUGGGGCCAGACCUGGUGCUCCCGGGAUCACACUACAGGCUCUGCACGGUCUUCAGCCUGGAACUCAGGGUCACCUGCUUCUGAAAACAGAAAAUGGGCAGUAUCAAUUAUUGAGAGUGGGUCCAGCUCCGACUGCGGGCACUCCAGCUGGCACCACGGUCACACAGAAUAGUAUCGCUGGCAAUGCCGUGGUCGCCCCAUCUGCAGGCACCACAUAUCGUCUAGCCCCUGUGCCAGCUGUAAGUAGGCUGAACACACAGUUCACUGGCCCACCACUCGCCACUCUAAGAAAACCCGUUCAGACCGUGGCUGCUGCGAGUGUAACUACAGCAACUACGACACCUGGAACGGUAACUACCGCUGUCACAACCGCCCCUUCUACUCCUGCUGCAACUACCGUUCAAACGGUUCAAACCCCAGCGCAGCGUCAAACCAUAGAUAAUACCAAAGAAAAGUGCCGUAAAUUCUUAGCAAAUUUAUUAGAGUUGUCUAGUCGAGAACCUAAAUCAGUGGAACGAAAUGUUCGGACGUUGAUUCAAGAAUUAAUUGACACGAAAGUUGAGCCGGAAGAGUUUUGUGAUAGACUCGAGAAAUUACUGAACGCAUCGCCGCAACCAUGCUUGAUCGGAUUCCUGAAAAAGAGUUUGCCGCUCCUAAGGCAAUCCCUUGUUACGAAGGAGUUGGUCAUCGAGGGGAUAAGACCACCGCCUGCGAAUGUCGUCUUCUCCAUAGCUUCGGCUACCCCAGUUGUUACGCAGAAUCAGUUAAGGCCAAGUGUCGCUGUAGCGGCGACGGGUCCCGCGGUUGGAACCACUGCAACGACCCCGGUACGAGUCAUGGCACCCUUGGCGGCACCCGCGGCUACGACGACGGCCGUUCCGCGGCCACCGCAGCCUCUUCAGCAGAGACUGAUCCGGCCUGUGACGACGACGGUAGUUCGCAGCCCGACGGCAUUCACUGUCAAGACAACGGUGGCAGUAAGUGGAGUUCGACCCACCACUCCCAGUGUUCAAAAACCACCUGCGACGACGGUCGCGAAGACCGUCACGACCGCCGCCCAAGGAAAGACAGUUAACACAACCACUACACUUAACAAAGCCGUAGUGCCUUCUCUCGUACCAAAACCAACUGCUAAGGAAAAAGAGAAAAAGACUUUUUCUUCCGCGGGUUACACGGGCGACGACGACAUAAACGAUGUGGCAGCUAUGGGAGGCGUCAAUCUCGCGGAAGAAUCUCAGAGAAUCCUAGGAUCCACCGAAUUCGUCGGGACGCAGAUACGGUCGUGCAAGGACGAGGUCUUUUUGCACAUAACGCCCCUGCAACACAGGAUCAAACAAAUAGUGUCCAGUUAUGGACUAGAGGAACCAAAUCAGGAGGUUGCCGCGUUAAUUUCCCACGCGACGCAGGAGAGGUUAAAAAAUUUAGUAGAGAAGCUGGCUGUCAUAGCGGAGCACAGAAUAGACCUAAUCAAGAUGGACCCAAGGUACGAGGUAACGCAAGACGUGAGAGCACAGCUCAAGUUCCUGGAGGAGCUCGACAGAGUGGAACGCAGGAAACACGAGGAACAAGAGCGAGAACUACUGUUGAAGGCGGCGAAGAGUCGUGCGAAAACGGAAGACCCGGAGCAAGCGAAGUUAAAAGCAAAGGCUAAAGAGAUGCAACGCGCCGAGAUGGAGGAGCUGAGGCAACGGGAAGCGAAUCUGACGGCGUUGCAGGCGAUCGGCCCUCGGAAAAAACCUAAAUUAGACGUUGGCGGAACUGCCAGCAACGCCGGGAGCGGGCCCGGGGCGAACGCCACGGCGUCCGGCAUGAACCGACAAAUGCCGCUGAGACCGCGCCUCAAGAGGGUGAACUUUCGGGACCUGCUGUUCCUCCUCGAGCAGGAGAAAGAGACGUGUAGGAGCACCACGCUCUACAAGUCGUACUUGAAGUGAUGUUCUGUGAGGGGCAGGAACGCAAGUGACCCGCCCAAUAAUCGGCGCCCUACUUGCAUGGUCUCGUGUGAGCUGGCCUCAAUGGACCUCGACGAGAAGCGCCGCGAAAGCUCGCGCGAAUCGCGUACAAUGGAACUCGCAACCGACCGGCCUGAUAUCUGGUAUCACCGUGCCCAGAUUCUCCGGAUCGACGCGAUCGGUUCCUUGCCCCGGGCCGCGUGUCGACCGGGUGCACGCGGAGGGACUCGAAGUAGCGGGUCUGGGUCUGCUGUCACCUCGUAUACAUUCGAAGUAACGUUACUUGUACCAUGUCGAUAAUAAGCUUCCCUACUGUAAAUGACUGAACAUUUUUUAAAUGUAAUAUAAAUAGAUCGUUCUUUAUUUUUCAAGCGCGAGAUGACGUAUCGAGUAGGGAGGAUGAGACGGUUGAAAGGGAGAGGGUGUAAUUAAGCGUAGAGGAGGUAGGACGGAACUCUCCGACGUAGCUCUGUGAUUAUUUUAGAAGAGCUCCUUGUUCGCGUCACCGGAGGGGGCCUCGAUCGUUGUUUGUAAAAUAGGAGGGAGAUCAUUGGUUCCGAUUGGUCCCGCUGCGUCUUCAGUUGGACGGGCAACGCCACUGGUGUCGGAACGGGGAAACUUCGAGAGAGAAAGAGCGUGUCCUCGGCUCGGCCGUAUUUCCAUUAGACGGUGGUCCUAUGUUUGGUCUCGACGGUGGUCACACUCGACGGAGGGAACGAUUCGUGUGGCCGUAUAUAGCGAUAUAUAUAUGGCGUGUGUAACGCGUGGACGAGUGGAUGAUGUACAUUGUCACAUUAUGUAUGUAUAUAUGCCUGCUGCAUCGUAAUAACUUGACCUAUACUUUUGGACACUGUAGCACCAGCGCUGUCGGUGAGAGCGUAAAGAUUACGUUAAAAUAGUAGAUUCAUAUUUUUGCAAGCGACGACGAUACUAAGAGAGCGUACCCGAGUGAGCACACAUUGUCCAAACAGUAUGGAAUAAUUUGUACAAUACAUUACACGUAUAAAAUGGAAGGAAUACUAAGUAGGUGAUAAUUUUCAAUGUUGGUACAACAGAAUAUAGCCACUCGACUAUUUCUCCACCAUAUGAUGGAAUUGUUAUCAGUAUAUUAUGUUGUAAUCUACAUUUUCAGUGUUUAUAUGAAGGAAGGAUUAAAAAUUAGCUGUGACGUUUUUUAUUAAAGAAAUAUUUACAGAAAAGAAAGAAAUACAAUACCACCAAGCAAGGAUUACCAAUAUUUUUUCGAUCGAUAUUAAUUUAUUAUUUAUCGUCCUCGUCGGGAGAGCUUAGGGCGCGUUCUGCUACGGUUGCGUGGGAUACUGUGCUUCGUGCGAAUAGCGGAUCGAAAGAUUAAAGCGUGUACCUGAUUUAUAUAUAUGUAAAAAAAAGAGAUGCUGCACAUAUACAUACGUGGGUGCCUAUUGUCAUGCA